CAGAUGAUUGACAGAAGCGAACACUAAGGAAAUCCCUUUUUGGGUAAACAAAAUUUUGUUUCCCAACCAAAACUUGAAAUUAUUCUAUAAAUUUGCCCCAAAAAAAGUGCACUUUUUUAUACCUACGUCGUUUUUAUAAAGCUGACCUUGUAGCCAGUUGAAUGCCGAAUAUCGAGGGGUGAAUCAUCACAUCACAUCAUCUACUGUAUUUACGCAUAGACAGUUGAGGGCAGGUCAGGUGGGGCAGCUGAGCAGCUAGGAUGGAGUGGCUGUUCGGGCACCGCAUGACGCCGGAGGAGAUGCUGCGCAAGAACCAGCGCGCGCUAAACAAGGCGGUGCGCGACCUGGAGCGCGAGCGCGCCAAGAUGGAGCAGCAGGAGAAGAAACUGAUCAACGAUAUCAAGAAGCUGGCCAAGGAGGGGCAGAUGGAUGCAGUAAAAAUAAUGGCGAAGGACCUAGUGCGCACGCGGCGCUACGUGCGCAAGUUCAUGCUGAUGAAGGCCAACAUCCAGGCGGUCGGGCUCAAGAUCCAGACCCUCAAGUCACAGUCCACCAUGGCGCAGGCCAUGCGUGGCGUCACACGCGCCAUGGCUACCAUGAACCGCCAGUUGAACAUGCCUCAGAUACAGAAGAUACUGCAGGAGUUUGAGAAGCAGUCAGAGAUCAUGGACAUGAAGGAGGAGAUGAUGAACGACUCCAUCGACGAGGCCAUGGAGGGAGACGAGGAUGAAGAGGAAAGUGAUGCGGUGGUGGGGCAGAUUCUGGACGAGCUGGGGCUGCAGCUCAACGACACGCUGUCCGGCCUCCCGGCGGCCACGGGCUCCCUCUCUAUAUCUGCGAAGACCCCCGCGUCGCCUCAGGCAGUAGCCGGCGGUUCCGGCGGCGGUUCCGGCGGCGGUUCCGGCGGCAGUUCCGGCGGCGGUUCCGGCGCGCCCGGCGGCGUUCCGGACGCCGACGCCGAGCUGCAAGCGCGGCUCGACAACCUGCGGCGCGAGUAGGGAUCUCACUAACUCCUGCUAAUGUCUACGGUAUGAGAGAGACGGGACGGCUGAAAUGCGAUAGAGUGCACAUGCUAAUUGUUUAGAGGGGAAACGAUUCGAGUAGGGUUAGUGAGAGGAAAUCUGAAAAAUUUCUUUUUCUUUGAUCAAUAGGGAAUAUUACGCAAAACUCGGCGUAGAGGACGCUCCUAGCAUAAACUGAGAGCCUCCCGCGAAACACGAAAGUCGUAAUUUUCUCCAUCCACUCUUGCAUGAAAGUCAUAGUGAAAACUCGUCAAAAAACUGUUCAAGUCAUAGUAUGUCGUAUAACUUAAUCUAUGGUUUACAAUAUGUGGUAGUGCUGCACUAUGCAGAAAACUGCAGUAGUACCCCCUAUUCGGGUAGCUAUAGGCUCCAAAAACAAAUAGAUUUUUUUCCAAAAUUCGUUGUCUAAUCUCACUACCCUAUUUGAAUGGUUUCUCUGUAUAACAUCAUGUAAACUGGUGCAGACACCAUUAUUAGUCUAUUAAAGAAACUCGCUUUAGCUUUGCACGAAUUUUGCUCGUGUAUUUAUACUCGUAAUAGUCAUAAUACUUUGUUCAUUCAAAUUUUAAUUCCGAUCUAAAACUAUAAUCAACAGCUAAGCGAACGAUAUUGAAAUUUAUCAGCAUAUUAUUCUUUUUUACCAAGAUAACUGCAAAAAAAUUAUUUAGAAUCAACUUUUCACUUCUGCAGUACAUACAACGAAUGACUUAUUAAAAAUUCGUCUUCACAUUAAAAGUCAAAUUGGGUGAUGCACUUAUGUUCGUAUUUUUUUUUUGUUUAGAUGUAAAUAAAAAUAAUAAAUUAACCAUGAAAUAUACAUACAUACCAGCACAGAUCCGUUUCCAGCAGGGGUCGGAAACCGGUAUUUGCUCCAUACAAAAAUACCGGUAUUAUUACGUUUUUUUUUGUUCUUUUGUUUAUAAUUUCAUUUUUAAUGGGACGUUUUAAUAAUGCAAAAUUGUUUCCCAAAUACAUGAUUCAGUCCUAUGUAAUGAGCAUAAAAAAAUUCAAAAUAUUGGGCUAUUUCGGGGUUUUUAAAAAAUACCGGUUCCGAGCCCUGGUUUCCAGUAAUAGACAUUGGAUCGUCUAUGAGGCACAUCUUGUAAAAUAAGGAAUACUUUUACUUUCAAUGGAUCUAAUCAUUUUGUUUUGAGACCCUUGUGUUAGGACACCGAGAGCCUCAACUCCACCAAUAGCAAUAAAUUAACAUGCUAGUAAUGGUAAGCUAGCAACUCUGUAUAAUAUACUACACCGCGCGUCGCGGAACGUCAGGGAACGCAAUGUUGUUAAUAUAAUAAUUAAGUUUAUCUACAUUUUAAUAAAUAUUUUUUUAAUGAA